AUGCGACUUGGAGCAAAAGAAAGAGGUGCCGAUAUUUAUCCCUCAUAUCAUCUAAUUGCAGAGGCAAAGAAGAAGUGUUAUCCUGCAAAUAUCAAAGUAACUGAAAACGAAGCCGAGGUUCCACUGCUUGAUUUGCUUAUUCAUACAUCACAGCGUUUGGCACAAGUACAGGCUGGUGUAAUUUUGCAGAAUAUGUCGGAGAACUGUAACACCAUCGAAGUCUACUACAAAUGGGGCCUGGAAGGCAGCGGUGGACACAGUAUAUACAAACAAAAUGUAGCAAGUAAUUUGGAAUAUGCGGAUUCCAACAUAAUAUUGUGUACGAUUGUCCCUCUACAAAUGUCUCAAUUUAAUGGCAACAACCAAAAAAUAUAUUGGAAGAACUCGACACCUUCUUCGACAAGGUAUUGCCGCCCAAUUGGAUUUAAAAUACAAAAAGAAAAUGCCCAAAAUGUUAAAGAAAUGUAUAACGGAAUACACAUAUUGGAAAUGGAGCCAACAUUGAUCGUCUUAGGAAAUAGGGAAAUUAAAUUUAAACAUAUCCCCAUAUGUACGAUGCUGGACGGAAAGACUGUAAAUAUUUUGACUGAUACUGCAAGUUCGCAAGCGUGCAAUAUUUGCAAAGCUACUCCUAAGGAUUUUAACAAUUUGGAGAAACAACAAAACAAAGUUUGUGCUGAAGACAACUACAAAUAUAUUUGUAACUUUUUUGUCUUUCUAGCCUCAUCAUCAAGUGGCCAGGAAUUACUUAUUCAACAAAGUAGUUUUUCAAUGUCUGAGAUGAGUCUCAGUAUUACUCUUCCGACCAUUAAUGAAGCAUUAGCAUUAUUAGAUCAAUCUCCUGUUUCUGCAAAAAGAAGAAUCUUUGAAACGUAUUUAGAUAAUAAAGUUACUCGUGUCGCUCAAAAUUUGCGAAAAGCAUUAGGAGUAAAAAAUCAUAUGAAUACUGAAUUUAGUGAUGCGGAUGCUACUGAAAUCAUAAACAGUUUAAGAGAAAAGUUUAAUGAUGAUGAUACGAGUAGAUCCAUACGCGUCCAAAUAUUGACUCUACUACCAUUAAGUUGGAGUGUUCAUAAGGUUAUGAAAGUGAUGGGUGCAAGUGAGCAUAUGGUGCGAGUGGCAAAAACCCUUGUUGCUGCAGAUGGAAUAUUAUCAGUACCUACAAAAAAAACUGGCCGUGAAUUAUCUUCUGCAGUAGUUUCAACCGUUACAAAUUUCUAUAACGACGAUGAGAUGAGUAGUAUCAUGCCAGGAAAAAAGGAUUUUAUUUCAGUACGUAACGAUAAUGGUACUAAAGUUCAGUGUCAAAAACGUCUCGUACUUUGUAAUUUAAAAGAGUUGCACAAAACUUUCAACUCAAGACAUCCGGAAGUCAAAAUUGGAUUUUCAUCUUUUGCAUCACUACGUCCGAAGCAUUGUAUUUUAGCUGGUGGAUGUGGCACUCAUACAGUUUGUGUUUGCUCGAUUCAUCAAAAUAUUAAAUUGAUGAUCUUAGGCGUCGAAAAUGUGAAACAACAUCUCUUAACUCUGAUGGAAAAUAAUGAAAUUGAUGAAGUUAAUUAUAAGCAAUGGGUCUCUACUCCACGAGAAACCCUUGAAACGACAAUCAAGAACACGGAUGAUUUUGUUGAUGAUUUUGGUGAAAAAUUAAAGGCUCUUUUACCACACAAUUUUAUUGCCAAAGAGCAAGCAGCAUACUUGAGACGACUGAAAGAAUGCUUAAAAGAAGACGAAUUCAUAGUCAUAGUUGACUUUGCAGAAAACUAUUCGUUCGUUGUUCAAGAUGCCGCGCCAGGAUUUCACUGGAAUAACGACCAAGCGACGGUUUAUACUGUAGUUAUUUAUUAUAAAAAAAAUAAUGAACUUACUCAUCGGAAGGUGAUUUUGAAAUUUCCCGAUUGGACUAGCGCCGAAUUUGAAAAAACGGGGCGAAAUUGGUUUCGACUAGGCAGUCAACGUUCUGGAAACCAACCAAGCCAGAAGCAAAAAAGAAAUGCUGAAACAGCAAAUAAUUCUGCAACAACAAGUAAUGCUGAAACUAAUAAAAAUCGCCUUACGGCUGAAUAUCAUAAUGAGCUUCCGAAAUGCACCAAGGAUAUUUUUUCAUCUCAUCACAUUGAAAAGAAAUUACUACAGACCUUCAAAAAUCAAAUUAAAAUCAUCACUAUAAAACAUAAAAAAAUUGUCAAGACAUACCAAGGACACAUUUUAGAAGAUCAAGAGUUCACAGAGCUUGAAAAUACCGAUAUAAUUGAGAGGGCAGCACUCAUUUUAAGGCAGCAAAUUUUAAAUAUGGAUCCUGACAGAAUUCCGGACGAAAUGACAGCAGAUGAUCUCAUCAAAGGAGAAAGUACAACACCGAAAGCAGUCCAUAUUUUUUAUAAAACUUUGCUAAGUGGCGCUAGCCGACGUCGUAAAGAGAGUUCAAAAUGUAAAAGGAUUGUGGAGUCGCUCGCUGAUAAUUCUAUCUACGCAGUUUCAAAUGGAAAAAUCAAACCAUCCAAGCAUAUCACCCUAGGAAUGGCAUUAAAAAGCUUAACAAGCAGUAAAAAGGUUGUCAACCUGGUGAAUAAGUUUGGUCACUGCUGCAGUUAUACUGUUAUUGAAGAAUUAGAAACUGAAGCGACUUUUGUCUCAACAAGUAGGACCCAGAUAUGUCCGGCAGAUAUCACGAAGACUCCUAAUUUACUGACAGGUGUAGCUUUUGAUAAUUUCGACAGAUUCGUCGAUACUCUUACUGGAAAGGACACUCUUCAUGAUACAGUGGGCAUUAUUUUUCAAAAUAUUGAUAUUGAUGCUACAAAUGCUGAAGGUCCAAUAGUAGUCAGCAAUAUUGUCGAAAGUAACAAUGAUGAACCAAGUACUUCAAAUAACAAGGCGAAAAGGAAAAGACGAACAUUUGAUGCCAUCACAGAAGAGCUGCAACCAUACAAUAAACAAGCAAAAAUGAUUGAAACAUUGCUACCUGAAAAUAAAGAAUUUCGCCACUCAAUACCUGACUGCAUGGAGUCGUCUCAACGAAUAUAUUUAGCUUGGAUGGCAUCGCAUGCGCUAAAAAUUUCAAAUACACCUAUGUGGGUAGGUUUUAACAGUUUGAUUUAUUGGGAUAAUUCGCCAACGCAGAAAGUGUCAUAUUUAACGCCAACGGAAAAAUCAGUUGUAUAUAAGACUAUGGUCCUAACCCAAAAAAUUGCCGAAGAAUGUAAGGAAUAUUAUAUGCAAGUGACGUAUGAUUUAGCUAUUGCUCGAGAAGCUCUACGAAUUCAAGCAAGGGAACGGCCUCAAUUUGACAAUCUGUUCAUACAUCUCGGUUCAUUCCAUGUUAUGAUGGCCUAUUUCAAAGCUGUCGGCAAAUUUAUCGACAAUUGUGGAUCAUCCAACAUCAUGGUGGACUGUGGAUUAUUAGCGAGUGGUUCAGUAAACGCAUUUAUUAUUGGAAAACAUUUCAAUAGAUUGAAAUACCACGAUAAUUUACUCAAAAUUGAUGAAACUCAUCCUGGAUUAAGUAUUGCAUUACAAAAUGGAUCGUUUGGUGUAAAAAGAACCCCAAAACCAUUCUCGAGACAGCCGAUUGAUUUAACUUUGGAGCAAACAAUUUAUGCUGAUGCUCCUAACAAAUUGACUGGAAUCAUCAAUAAUACCAACUCAAUCUCGGCCCGUCAACGUUGGUGUAAAAGCCACAGUAUACGAUCUACAAUAAUUUCACAUGUUUUACAAAAAACUGGGUUAAAGAAUACGCAGGAUGUCACAGCAGAUUAG